ACUCGUCUGUGAUUGGUAGAUACGACUAUGGGCAGGACGAAUGGGCAGGCUUGAUCUGUGGGCGUGGCUGCUGUUCCACGCUGACUGAUUGGCUAUCUACGGGUUGUGGGCGUGGGUGUAGCCCCACGCUGACUGACUGGCUAUCUACGGGUUGUGGGCGUGGUGUAUUUGGUGUAGUGGCGUCUCCGUGGGCGGUGUGGGCGCAGGUGGGCGUCAGGAUGCCGGUGUGGGCCGCCUCCACUGAGUAUCUUCACUUUGCUAACUCGGUGGACCCGUAUGAGCUCCUGGGCCCCCGCUCAUCCCGCCUGGCCGCUCAGGGCUCAGGCCAGAUCCAGCUGUGGCAGUUCCUGCUGGAGCUGCUCUCCGACCCCGCCAACGCCUCCGUCAUCACCUGGGAAGGCACAGCAGGAGAGUUCAAGAUCCUCGACCCUGACGAGGUGGCUCGCCGCUGGGGGGAGCGCAAGUCCAAACCCAACAUGAACUACGACAAGCUCUCCCGCGCCCUCAGGUACUACUACGACAAAAACAUCAUGACGAAGGUGCACGGAAAGCGGUACGCCUACAAAUUCGACUUCCGCGGACUUGACCAAGUCCGGCAGCAGCAGACAGCGGAAGCCCAGCGCUACCCAGCGGACUUGAGCUUCCUCACGGGCUACUCCCAGCUGCUAGGAGGUUCCUCCCCACUAGGUGCUGGGCCCCUCACCUCACCCUCCCCUCACCCACCUCCUCCCCUCCUAUCCCCACCGCCGUACUGGGCCGCAGUAUCGUCAGCCGCCGCCCUUGCAACCACCUCGCCCUUAGCAACCUCGUCUCCGCUUGCAACAUCCUCCCCUCUGGCCUCCUCGCCUCCCCUGGGGCUUCACGCCGCUCCCCAGCCCUCUCCCCUCAGUUCCCCUCCCCCUGAGGUCCCCGUCACCACUUCCUCCACCUCCAGGACCCUCCCCCACUACCCGUACUCGUGAGUGACCCACGGGGAGUGGGGGCAGCUUGGCCCCGUACUGGAGGCCGACUGGAACACGAUGGUCAAUAUCAUGUUUAUGCAUCUGACUAGGCGGCCAGAAGAGCAGCGCUAGGAUGUGUUAUAAGUCCUAGCUGCUGAGCUCCGCUAGGGUGUGUGUGUGUGUGUGUGUGUCUCCUAGCUAAUUAUCUCAGCAAUUAUGUAUAUCUCCUAGGUGAUGAUCUCAGCUCUGAUGUACAAGUUUCCACAUGCUGAGUUUUACUAGGAUGUGUGAGUCAUAGCUGCUGAGCUGUGCUGGGAUGUGUGAUUCCUAGCUGAUGAGCUCAGCAUAGAUGCAUAAUUUUCCAUUGGCUGAGUUCAGCAACGAGGUCAGUUUGGCUGGUUGGGAUUCCAGUUAUUCCAGUUCGUAAUUUGUCCACGAAGUUGGUGUACCUCUUGAAUCAGUCGUUACUCCAGAAGGUGAUAUAGCCAUCCUGAAGGUGAUAUAGCCAUCCUGAAGGUGAUAUAGCCAUCCUGAAGGUGAUAUAGCCAUCCUGAAGGUGAUAUAGCCAUCCUGAAGGUGAUAUAGCCAUCCUGAAGGUGAUAUAGCCAUUCUGAAGGUGAUAUAGCCAUCCUGAAGGUGAUAUAGCCAUCCUGAAGGUGAUAUAGCCAUCCUGAAGAUGAUAUAGCCAUUCUGAAGGUGUUAUAGUCAUCCUUGAGAGGGUAUAUAGCCAUCCUGAAGAUGGUCAUAAUCAUUGCAUAAUUGGUCAAGAGCGAAGCAAAAAUGGACAAAGACAUACAAAAGGCAAACUGACUCGUCGAAGGCAAGGCUUCUGUUCCUGGAAUCUCAAUGAACGUAUAGUGAAGCUUGAACAAAGCUGACAUGGGUAUACGCCUCCUCUCUUAGUGUGAACAAAGCUGACAUGGGUAUACGCCUCCUCUCUUAGUGUGAACAAAGCUGACAUGGGUAUAUAUACGUUCUCUCCUAGUGUGACCGAACAUAACACACGUACUUACCAGACCAUACGUACCGGUCUUUGUCACGAUUGGUCUCAGUGUGACCAAUCGUGACAUAGGUACCCCCCCCCCCCUUGUCUCAGUGUGCCAAAACCUCCCGACGUGCACUUGAUAAGGUUCAAAGUUCACAAAAGCAGCUUAAAAAGCAUAAACAUAUCUACAACCUUUCUAGCUUAAAGGCUUCAAGACUUGUGUUGGUAUUGAAAUGCAAAUAAGCUAAUUUUUCUGUUAAUUAAAGAUGUUUGUUUCCAUUUUUAAACACAUACCUGAACAUUGUCGUCAUCUUGAGAUUAAGAACGUUUCAGUUGCCGGCGAUGAGUCACAAAAACGUGACUAAAGUAUGUUGAUCAGACCAUACACUAGAAGGUGAAGGGACGACGACGUUUCAGUCCGUCCUGGACCAUUCUCAAGUCGAUUGUGAGAAUGGUCCAGGACGGACUGAAACGUCGUCGUCCCUUCACCUUCUAGUGUGUGGUCUAAUCAUCAACGUUUCAGUUCUUAUUUUGCGUAUCGUGAACAACACAAAAUAAUGAUAACUGCUAAAUGCUCCUGUGUAAUCAUGUGUAAUGCUCCUGUGUAAUCAUGUGUAAUGCUCCUGUGUAAUCGUGUGUAAUGCUCCUGUCGUUAUUAUUUGUUAACAGAUCUCUAUGGGCAGGUUGAGGUAUUCACUGAGGCACUGGUAGGUAGAGCGACGGCCUCGAUCGCUUCUUUGCAGGGCUCACGUUCGAUUCCCGAAGAUCCCCCCCAGGGAUUGGGAAUCGUUUUCUUCACGCCAUCCUCAUGUUCCACCUUCUUUGCGUCAUGGCCUCUUUCUUAAUCUAUCUUCGUAUCCCUCACCUUAUUUUAUCAUUAUAUCUCUGUUCUAUUUUAACCUUAUAUCUCUAUUCUAUUUUAUCAUUAUAUUUCUAUUCUGCCCUUAUUUCGAAGCUUAAAGUCUAUCCCAUAUCACUUCAAAAUGCUAUAGUCAUACUGGCUUAGAGUAGUCAGACUUAAAUGCUUAGAGGUAUACUGUCAGGCGGUAUACAGCUCUCCCACAGCGUUCCUUUGUCACAGAUCAAAGCAUAUUCCCUCGAUUCUCUCUCUUGGAGUAUACCGAGUCUCCUCCGCUUCCAUCAACCGUUAUUCUCACGGCCGCCGCUCCACCAUAACCGGCCUUUGUUUAUCCGACAUUUCUUGUAUGCAGCAUCCCCUGUAACCGGCAUAGUGUUAAGCUGACCUUUUUCUUCCAUUUAACUUACAAUGCGUAAAAGUUUUUUUUGGGGGGAAAAGAAAUUGUGUUAUUUUCUUUGGUGGUUCCAUUGGUAUUAACACCUACAUUGUGCUUCCACUGGUAUUAUCACCUACAUUGGUGUAAACAGACAUACACUCAGGGCCAUUGGUACACACACACUCAUGUCAUUCACUCUGUGAGCCUCAUGCAGCAGUUGUAUCAUAUACACGUAAACAGUGAAUGCGGUACGAGUCUUGUAUUGGCUAUUUUUUUUUUUGGUUUUGUUUUGUCCUUGGGGAAAACCUUUAGAUCUCACUACAGCUGUUGUGAAAUCUUUGUGUACAUAUGUCGUAAUGUUCAAUGGCGCGUCGUGUUGUAUAUCUAGCCACUAGUAUUUGGGGCUUCUGUGCAUUAGCUAGUUUGUAAAUACCGAAGACCAGUUGCUGAGUAAUGUAUGGUCGAGAUAGCAGGUAGUAGUACCCCAGACCAGCUGCUCUGUAACCCGUGUUUAAGGUGCCAUAAUAUAACUCGUCAACAGAGAGCUAACCUCUGGUAAUUCUUCUUUGAGAGGGGAAACACGUGUCGAUCGAGUUUAUAAAUUAAUUUAUCCUAAUGUAUUCCGUGAAAUUAGGCUAAUGUGUUAUGUGACAGUAUCCUAGUGAAUUCUGAGAGUUAUUCUAUUGUAUUCUGGUUGAUGAUCCCUAUACUUUAACUCCAACCCUCGACUCUAGUCAGGGAAAGUGUUGAUUUUCAGUUAUUUGGAAUGUAUCGCGAAAUUAGCAGGUCUGUAUCUCAUGUCCUUCGCAACUAUGGUGCAUAUAGCAUCUAAGAUGGACAUGUACAUAAUGUGUACAUAAUAAGUACAAAAGAUGGAGAAUGGCAUAAAAAUAGUCUAUAUUUUAUACUUUUGGAAUUGAAAGUGAAAACUAGAAACAGAAACCUAAUCCCUAACCUAAAUAUUCCAGAUCUAAUACAGUACAUUUUUUUGUACUAAAUAUUUCUAACAUUGGACAUAUUUUAGGCCUAGAAAACAUUAAGUUAGGCCUAGGGUAGGUUAGAGUACGUUUCAAUUAUGUUCCUCUUUCAAUACCAAAAGUUAAAAAAUGCGGUCUGCUUUUGUUACCAUAGUACAUAUUAUGUAAAUAUUAUGUACAUAUAUGUACAUGUGAUCAUUCUUCGCUAUAUACACUGUUACUGCUCAGGACUGAUUGCUUAUCCUAAUGUAUUCUGUGAAAUUAGGCUAAUAUAUUCUGUGACAGUAUCCUAGUGUAUUCUGAGAUUUAUUCUAUUGUAUUCUGGCUUAAGUUGAGCGGUCAAACAACUUCAUCGGUAUCGCAUUCCGACGCCAGCAACUUUUUCCUCCAGAACGUAAUCGUAAGCGUAAUUACGAGAUCGUAAUUCGUUGCAUGGAACCUGACUUAAGGUAUCAAUCAGUGAUUUCGGGGACUUCAGAUGUCACCCAGUGGCGUUAAGAACGUAACUUAAAGUUAUGAAACUGCACCAUUAUUACCAACUUAUUCAGUUUACUGUAACUACUGUUGAGUGUAUAUGCAAAACAAAGUACCGAGGAGUACAGAAGGAAUUAAAAGGUACUUAGAGAAAAAUAAAGGAAUACAAAAAGAGAAUGGGGAAUAGAGGUAAUUAGGUAGGAUUUGAGGCCAAAAUAGGGAUGAAAACCCUUACACAAUUUCACAUCAAAGGACGUAGUUGUUGUACGUAGUUGGAUGAAAUGUAAAUACACAAAAAAAAAAAACGAAAAAUCCUUUUUGCAAGUUGGCGAAAGCAGGACAAAAAUGAUAGUUUGAGGUCCAAACUGCAUUGCAAGUUUGCAAUGAUCUCAGAUCUAACACUACCGUAAAGGAGAGGCUAUUUUAGGUUAAGUUAGGUUAGGUUAGUUUUGGUUAUGUCAGGUUAGGUUAGGUUAGGUUAGGUUAGGUUAGGUUAGGUUAGGUUAGGUUAGGUUAGGUUAGGUUAGGUUAGGUUAGGUUAGGUUAGGCUAAGUUAAGGUAGGUUGUGUAGUGUUUUCACAACGUUUAUUUAUUUGUGUGUGGAUUGCCUAGCACAUCCCCCCCCCCCCUGCUCCACCGCACACAGUUCUUAAAUAUUGUAUAUUAACAUUCAUCCCCUGGCUGAAUUCACUCAUCAUUUUGUAGUUGUUGAUAGAUUGAAUCUAUUCAAUUGAAUAGACUGAAUACUUUCCUUGAUAGUUGUCGUUAUGAAUAUGGCGCAUCAGUAUGAAGCAAUGACUGGCAGUCGUGUGUGUGUGCGUGUGUGUGUGUGUGUGUGUGUGUGUGUGUGUGUGUGUGUGUGUGUGUGUGUGUGUGUGUGUGUGUGUGUGUGUGUGUGUGUGUGUGUGUGUGUGUGUGUGUGUGUGUGUGUGUGUUUGGGCCAUCGCAAUAAAGCUUCAGGAUUUUCUGCUGAAGCUUACAUUGUAAUUUUAUUAAUGAACUGCUUGGAACUACACACACUGACUAAUUACUUGUAUUGAUGGGUAGUUCCAGGUACACGCACAAUACACUACACACACACACACACACACACACACACACACACACACACACACACACACACACACACACACACACACACACACACACACACACACACACACACACACACACACACACA